GUGACUCGCGCGUUCAUGUGAAAUGAGAUAGUCAGCUGGUGGAGUUAGUGUAGGUCUGACGUACUGUGGGUGUAAAUUAUUGAACGCUCUGUUGUGUGUUUCAGUAUUUAAAACAAAUGGCUGUGAUUAAACUGUUGUUUUUUAUUUUUGUGAUGUGUCAUGAAACAUUCGAACUGGAUACGUCAAAUUGUAUAUUUAAAGUGUCUAAUUCUUCUACAGUAUCCUAUUUCGAUUUAUCUAGUCUUUCCAGGCAGGUGUGGGACAUUAAAGUAGCUGAUGAAAGAAAACUUGAUGGCAGUAGAAAUAGUAGAGGUGGCAAUCGGACACUGUUUGCAUUCAUGUCACCAUGCAGCAGUGUGAAAAGUAGAAGUAAUGUGGACUAUUGUCCAGAUGAAAGUGCCUCCGUUUGUAUUGCACAGAAGUCUGGUGGAGUAUGGAGUAGGGAGCUGCCCAACCUAGGAACGGAUGUCCUCAACAAACAUUCUUUUGCAAAUGGUACACUGAAGGUUAUUUUGAAUGGAAAGGAGAAAUGUGUGAACGACAAAAAUUAUGAAACCGAAAUAAUAUUUUCAUGUGUAGAAAAGUAUGGUGGUCCACUCAUGGCCCGGUUGAACGAUUGUAGGUUUACUGUAAUCUGGCCUACAAAAAUAGCUUGCCCUUUACAGGGUCCAGAUGCAGUGCUAGUUGAACGAUGUCUGCUACAGACCGAAGGGGAGAGCUCUGGAGUUGUUGAUCUACGUCCACUCCGUCAUCCUCAGUAUUAUUCUGUCCAUUCACCUGAUGGUGGAUUAUUUUACCUGAAUAUAUGUGCAACAUUAAAGAAUUCAACUUGUGAUGGCUCAACAGCUUGUAAACGCACCAAUAAUGGAACUGUUGUCAUUAUUGGAAGUAUCAGAGGCACUAAUGUCAAAAUUUCGGAUGAUGGCCCACUGCUGAUAUAUAAAGCAAAAGGUGGAAUAAUAACUCGAGUGGAAUUCGUUUGCAACAUUAGUGUUCCAUUUGGAGAACCAACAUUCAGAUCAGAAGUGGGAAAUACAUAUACAUUUGAAUUUCAGUCUUCACAUGCUUGUCCUAAGGAAACUGUGGACUGUGUUGUUUAUGAUGAUCAAGGAAACAAAUUUGAUCUAAGUGAUUUACGAAGAGAGAUUGGAAAUUGGGAAGUUCGUGCAGAAGUCCAUGGGAGAAUGAAUUCAACAUUUUUCAUAAAUGUCUGCAAAUCUCUCAAUCCUGUACGGAUGUGCAAUUUUAAAGAUGGGCCUGUGGGAAUAUGCCAGACUACUGAUGCUGGGACAGCCAUAAAUCUAGGCAUGGUAAUAAAAGGACCUGAAGUUACAAAUGGUAUGUUGCAGAUAAGUUAUUCUGGGGGAUCAUUAUGUCCAAAUGGUAAAGGACGGUAUCGAACUAUAAUUAAAUUACAGUGUACAAAUACCAAAGGAGCACCAAUAUUUGAGAGCCAGUCACCUGAUUGUGUGACCUCUUUUAUUUGGCCAACCAACAUUGCUUGCCCAUCGAAGGUCGCGAGAGGAGAAAAUUGUAUGCUGGUGGAACCAAUUUAUAGCCAUCAGUUUGAUAUGACAAGCUUGCAUAACAGUGAAGCUGACUAUGUUGUGCAAACUGAAGUGGGAAGUUUCCGCAUCAACUUGUGCGGAUCUCUAGUUGCACCAUGUGAUAACAAGGACAAUAUCAGUGUAUGUUUGGAAAAGGAAGACAAACAGCAGAUAGCUGUUGGUUACACGACAAAGGAAAUAAGCUACGUCAAUGGAGGAAUCCGCAUAGAACUUCAUGGAGAUGAUUGUAUUCCAGGAGAGAGUAGUACAGUACUUGUGCUCCUAAUGUGCAACCAUCACGGCUACUUGAGUAGCUCAAAACCGAAAUUCGUGUCUACAUUGUCAGAAUCGUGCAAAUUUCUCUUCAUUUGGGAACUGCAACUGGCCUGCCCUUCGCAUGAAGAAUAUCCGUGCACAACAACAGAUAAGGAAGGAAAUGUUUAUGAUUUGAGUAUUCUUUCGGAUCCAGCCAGGAAUUACAAAAUUCUGAGGAAGACUGACACUGGAAUGCUGAAAUAUCUUAUAAAUAUAUGUCGACCGUUGGUAUUCAGCUAUGGGGAGACAUGCGAAUAUAACUCUGGCAUGUGCGAGUACAACAUGUCUGAACCACUUAUCUCAAACAAUUUCAGGAAUUUAGGAGAUGUCACUGACUCAUUAGGUCCAGCAUUCGAAAAUGGUGUCUUGACGUUGCACUAUUCUAAUGGAGCUAUGUGUCGUGAUCCAGAGAGUGAUGUGGGUCAUUACUCCACCACAAUAACAUUUUACUGCAACCCAUAUGAACUGAAUGAACCUGUCUUCGAGGAUGUUGUGUCGUGUAACUACAAAUUCUCUUGGAGAACAGUAGCGGCCUGUCCUGUAGGAAGUAUUCAUAAUGGCACUUCUCCAAUCCACAACAAUGGAAACUGCACAGCAGAGAACUUCUAUACUAAACAUCUGUUUGAUUUGACAUCACUAAUGAGCAAAGAUUACAAUGUUACAUCAGACUCUGGAGAUGUAUUACAGUUUAGUGUUUGCAGAAUCUUAGAAAAAUCUCCUUGCGAAAAUGGAACAGGUGCCUGCAUUCUUAAAAACAAUGAUGAACCAAAAUCUAUUAGUGCUGGUAUUGGAAAUGCAAACUUGGAAUAUCGAAUAGGUGCUUUAUUUCUGAAUUAUUCUGAAGGUGACUUGUGUGACAUAGGUGUUCCAAGAAACACUUUAAUAGAAUUUAUUUGUGGAAUGGAGAAUGUAACUGACGGGCCAAAGUAUGUUGAUACAACUAGCAACUGUACAUCCAUGAUCCAUUGGUUCACACAGUUGGCAUGUGAGAGUCAUGUCAACUGUGUGCUCCGUGAAGGUGAUUGGGAGGUAGAUUUAACAUCUCUGUCACGAACAGAGAACAGUUACCACAUUAUCAAUGGGAAAUCGGAGUUCUUCAUCAAUGUAUGUGCUCCCAUAACACCACUUUCUGGACUGAGCUGCCCUGGAGGCUCAGCAGCGUGUAUUGCUGAACGAGAACAUGAUGGAAGUCUAGUUAAUGAAUUGAGUCUGGGCUACCCAGUAAUCACCCCCCUUAUGGACAACAAAAAGGUCAUUCUGAAGUACUACCAUGGCUCUCCAUGCCCGUUUGGACAAGAUGUUAACCUAAGUUCAUCCUUUGUAUUCAGCUGUGAUCCAAAGGCUGAUCCAGGUCAGCCAGUGUUCAAUCAAGUAGAGGACUGUGAAUAUCAGUUCUCUUGGAGAACUAAAGUGGUAUGUGGUUCUCACAACAUGCCAUCAUGUACUUUGGUUGACAAAUCUCAGAAAUUGGAUCUUUUUGACAUUACUCCACAAAGUGAAUAUGAGAUUACAUCGUCUUACAUAAUGCAGUUGUGUACUGUUGAAAGCGUUUGUAAUGGAAUCGUCUGUAGACAAAUUAACAAAAAAACAUGGGAGUCAUUUGGAAAUGAAACGACACUGCAGUAUGAUGACUCUAGUAAUUCUCUACAUAUAUACAUCACAGGAAAUGCUUGUCAAGGUGCUCAAGGUAAAAACUUGAGUGCUCACAUACAAAUUAUGUGCAGUGAUGCUGCGACUGCGAGAGACCCGUAUAUAAUGAGUCGAAAUGAAUGUGAUGUUACUAUUGGAUGGAAUUUACCAACAGUGUGUCAAAUAAUCCAUGAUCAUGCAGCACAUCAUGAUGUCUCUAGUGGUGGUAUAAACACAGCUGCACUUGUGGUGAGCAUACUCUUCAUUGUCAUCAUAAUAACGCUUGGGGCAGUUUUGAGAAAACAACAGAAUCGUAUUCGCUGUAGGAACUUUUUCAGUUGCUUUGCACUAUCAAGAUACAGAGGCCAUAACUUCUACUCGAAGCUCAGUUCGGGUGGAGAAGUGAGGAUGAUGAAUGCUUCAGCUGAUACUGGAUUUGGUGAGAGUGAUGAAGAAAUGAUUAGGAUUUGAGCAUUACAUUUGACCAAUGAUGCAAUCAAGCACAAAAAUUAGAAUUCAAAAAUAACCUAUCAGAUUCUCAGUGCCUAAUGUCUGUGUCUGGGGGGGGGGGGCUUUGACAUGUUGUGUUUAGCAAAUUGCUGUCAGGUAUAUUAACUGCUUAAUUGCAGCAAAGACUGUGUAACUUUAAUGCAUCAGUGGAGAAAAAAUUAUUUAAUUCCUAUAAAAAAUAUUCUGCUAAAUAUGUUUUCCUACUUGGUGAAGAGCAGGAAAAUCUUAGUAGUUUGAAUCAUACUAUUACUUUAUUGCUUCAGAGGGACUCCUUGAAGACUUGUGUAAUAGUUUUAUAUGGAGACUGUUUUUUGUAAUUGUAUAAAACUGACAGAAAUAUAACUGCAAUGCUUUAAGUGAGAACAUUAUUCAGCUAUUUUUUGCUGACAAAACUGAAAUAGAAAUUUAAUCUGCACCAAAAAGUGCUUGCUUUUUGGCUAAUCUACAUAGCAGUUGUAUUACCUGCUAAAAUGAACUCCAUAGCUUGCGAAAACAGUGGAUUUUGUCUAAAUAUGUUUUAUGGUGUGAUUUUAUGAAUAUUAGUUUGUGUGACACAGCAUCUGUUUCACAAGGAGGUUUCAGUUCUCAUUGUUUAAUGCAGAAACUUCAACAACAUUUUAUUUGGUAUAGAUUCGCCAUAUUAGUCCUUUUACUUCUAUAUUUUAUAAACAUCAGUAUUUUCAUAUGUGGCAUUUUUGGUGAAAUGUUUACUGCUAUGUUAUAUGUGAAUAGUCUUGAGUAGAUAGAGUUUUUAAUGAAUUCUAAAGUUUUGCACACUUGAUUUUUAGUGAUUAAAUUACAUUAUCAAUAGUUCCUGUUGCACUGCUUUGAUGUACUGCAAAUGUAAUUGUGAUAGUGAGCCAGCGUGUUUACUUAAAAUCUUGCGUAGCAAAGCAGUGGACAUUUGUUUCCCACCAAGUAGUUAUUUGUUUUGAAAGACAUUCCUCGAUCUGUGAACACAUUGCUGUAUUUUUAAGGCUGUACAUAUGCAAUGAGUCACAACUUGUACGGAUAUCACUAUUUAUCCAUUAAUAGUGUUUAUUUUGUAUGCAGAUCAGAAAGCUGCAUUGACUUAGUUAGAUAUUUUUUUUAUGCAACCAAUGCUGUUUAUAAUUAUAUUUUCUUCAAUAUUAAUUCAGUUUAAUAAAAAAAUGAUGUUCCAUUGGAAAAACUUACUAAUUUGGCUUUUGCAUACUGAGAUUGCUGUUGUUAUUCUAUGCAGGGUAUUAUGCAUUGUAUUUUCAGAAAUGUGAGGUUUUAUUUUGCAAAUAAUUCACAUUAUUGUAAGCUGCAAAUUUCCUCCAUUAGUGUGUAUCAUUAGUAGUUGUUACCAUAAAUAUACUGAUUUCUGUGAUGCAGUAAUAUUAAAUUAAGUUUGUUUAAUGUCUGCUCAAAAAUUGCCUGUAAUUAGAUUACAUGAACAUGUUAAUGAACUGUAACAAGACAUUUGUGUUGAACAUUCAGACGACUGAUGUGCUAGGAUUCAUCUGAGAAGUGAGUUGUAAAGAAGUGGCAAACACAAAUAAAAGCAAAUAAGUAACUGUAGUCAAGCAUCACAAAGACUGAACAAUUUGGCUAAGUGAAAAGUUAUCUGUGGAUUGCAGUCGUUUUUCACCAUAAGGUCAUUGACCUCCUUUUCUGUAUGCUAUUCCAUCACACACAUUAUCUCUAUUUUCAUAUUUUUCCAUUUCCCUUUGUCUCAUUUUCUACCUAGUACUGACUUUAUUCGUGUAAAGCUGCUCCUCACAUUCCUUUCAUACCUGACUGUCCAUUACAUUGGCAGAAUCUUUUGUUUGAAAUUUUACAAUUUCAAGUUUUUGACGUCUCACUGUAGUUUAGAUUCUAAUAUGCUAACAUAUCCUUUUGUAUUUGAUCAGCAUUUUCAGCAUAAUUGGUAUUGUAAAAAAAUUGUCUACUGAUCCACAAUUUUUUGUUGUUUUACUGAGUUGUACAAUCUCAUAGAAUCCAUGAAGUUCUGGUUAGUAAAAGAAUGGUAAUAGGUCAAAAUAUUUUGUGCAUUAAGUUAUAAAACCGAAUAAAGUUAUCUUAAAUAAUGUGGCAAUAACAUGAGAGAUGAAAUUGCAUACAUUAUAUUUAGCAUCUAUUACACUGUUUUAGGCCAAGAUACAGUUUUGACUCUCAUAAACUGAUAAUGGAGAAAAUAUAUUACUUGUGUUUACCAGUGAGUUGUUUCGAAAAAAUUGCCAUUUGUGCUUUGAACAUAAAUGUGAAAGGGACAUUGUGAUUUGUCCCAGAUUAUUGAAGAGGUGUGUUGUUAUUUAGAAUAAGGGCGAGUAUGAGGAAUGUCUUACAACAGAGAAAAUCCUUGAGAGAUUGCUGCAGAUUCUGUAAUAAUUAUUAAUAAUUCAAUUUAAAGAAUGUGUGCAAUUUUUACACUGUCACAUAUGUAGUAUCAAGUCCAUAAGCCACAGCUAAUGACAAGCCUUUGGUUCAUACACUUUGUGAAGUUAAACACAACAUUGAUUGUCUGGAAUGAUGCAACAGCACAAAAAUUUGCUUUGUUGCAGUUCAGCACAUGUCCAUGAAUCAUCUUAUGUACAAAUUACAAAAAGAAAAUUAAGGAUAUUUUUGAUCUGACAUUUAGAAACUUGCAAAGUUAUUUGAUAUAAUAUUUAGUUAUAAAUGGGUUGAUAGCUGAAGUAAAUGAACAUAAGAACUAGAACACCAAAGUGUGAUUACAUUUCCAAAAAGUUUUCAUGACUACUGUGUGAGUACUUUAAGCUUAUUAAUGUAGCAAAUAUAUGUAUAUACUAAAAUUUUAAUAUGUGUUUGAGCUAUAGUUUGUGUCAUGAUGUAACUGUUAAGUCAUUGUUGCCUUCUGUAUUGGGUUGUAAUUUUGUGUAGAUUUGUGAUAUCAGUGUUUUCAGUUACUCAGAAUGAUUGUUAUUUCUUAUGUUAGAUGGAAUUAGACUGUUGCUAUCACCUUGCAGAAUUUGAAUGAAACAAGCCUGACACUAUUUUCUGAGUAUAUGAAUAGCAUUGAGCUUUCUAUUUUUGUGAUAACAAAGUUAUUAAAAAGUGAUUGCAUAUAUUUUAUUGAAUUUUUAUGAUGAAAAUUAUGCCUGUGUAUAUAUAAAUAGUGAAAUAAAGAAGUUCCAAUAUAA